AUGCUUUCGAGUCAUAUCAUACAAAUGGAUUUUGCUUUACUUCUGAAGAGCUCCGAUCACGGCGUUGCUACGGCAUGGUUGCUUUCUACUCUUGGGUCUAGGAGUAAGUACAAAAAAAUAUGUAAAAAGGAUGUUUUAAAUUCAUCCAUACCCUCUACUUGCAGCAUCAUCAAGAAUUCUCCAAUCCCGCUCAAGUUUUCUUCUAAUUUGAUGUAUGGGAUAGUAUUAUUGUAUAGACAGAAGGUAGAUUACUACUUUAGCGAUGUCAUACAUGCUAAAACGAAGAUCCAGAGAGAUUUAUUAUUUAGCGGUUUGGAGCUGAAAGGACUCCGCCAAACCAAUUCUGGAAUACAUAAUGAGGUCAUUCUUUCUGCACUGUCAGCAGCAGUGAAUAAGGUUGACAUAAUUUAUUUGACAGAUGACCCGCUCUUCAAUGUAGACUUCGAUUUGAUCAAGUCUUUUCAAAAUGAAGCAGACGAAGGAAGUGGUAGCCAAGACUUUAAUUUGAAUAAAUUGAUGAUACUUGAUAGAGAUUAUGACCAUCCAGUUAUCAAUACUAUUAGUAGGUUUGAUGAUACAAUGGUAGCAGGAGAAGAAGUGUCAUUAGAUUUUGAAUUCGAUAAUAAUGGCUUGGUGAUUGAAAAAGAGGCUCUUUCAGAAGAGAUCUUCGAAGAUUUCAGGCAAGAUUUGAGCGUAGUUGACUUUGACGAAGGAACUGAGAAGUCAAUUAGUGAUGGACUUAAUACUGAAAUAGCUGAAAUGGCAUCUAAGCUGUCAGGGACAUUUAGAGUACUACUGCCUAACUCAGAGGGUCCUAACCUUGGAAUUAAGAAAAGAUUUGGGGUACCCAGAAAGCGAUUGAUUAUCGAUCUGGAGACCACAAUACCACCAAAUGAGUUUAAAAGGUUCCGCGUAUCUAUAGAAGAAGAAGAGCAGAGAACCUUUCCAAAGCCUUUCAAUACAGAAGAUAACUACCGAUCAUCUUCCAAUCUUACCGAUAUUUCAAAAAUUAUUCACCAAGAAACGAAACAUAGUCCGCCAUUUAUUAAAUUAUGCUACUUACAAGCGUUCGGGAAAAUAGAAGACAUCACCGAUGCUAUCCCUUCAGAAUACUUUCAAAGACAUAAUUUGUCAAUUGAAAAUGCAGAGAUUGAAUUUAGCAGAAGAAUGGCUGGAGAAGAUGUAGAGUCCAGUAGAAGAUUAAUGGUUGAAGAUUCAAGAAGAAUAGUGGGAGAAAUUAGUGGCGACAACAACAUUAGUGAUAUUGAUAUUGCUUACGAUGAACAAAGCAGUAUCCACGAUAAUGGUUAUGAGGAUGAUACUUUCAACCUUUCUUUCCUGGAUGUAAGGGUUUCGAGCAAUUGGUUAGGAGAUGAUGAAGGAACUGAUGAAUUGGGGUCAAAAUCAUCCGAAUUAGGACUCAAUCGUGAAGCAAUUUCAAAGUUCCAUGAUUUCCUAAAGUCAAGGUCAUCCCUAUUUGGAAACUUGGAAAAGACGGAUAACGGGGAGUCGACUUAUAAGAUUUCCUUUAAGACGUUAAUCCCUACCGAAUCUGUCUCUCGGAAAAUUGCAGCCGCGUCCUUUUCAAGUGUAUUAGUCUUGGCCACCUCCGGCUCAAUCCAAUUGCAAGUAUCGGAAGAUGUCUUUAACAUCUCCGCUCAGAUCAGAGGAGAUAUAUGA